UGCGUGGUGUGGGUGGUGUGUGUGCGUGGUGUGGUGCGUGUGCGUAUGUGUGCGUGGUGUGUGGUGUGCGUACAUACAUCUGUCGUGUGUCCUUCCCCACCCCCUCCUCUCUCCAGCCAAGGCUGGUGGGAAACUACAAGUCCCAGCAUGCCUCGAGUUCCUCUCCACAGGCUGUCUCCCGGGGGGCGGGGGCAGUAGGCCGGCCCCGGGCGGAGGGAGAGCGGAGGGAGAACAGCGCGGAAGAGUCAGACGAAGGUUGGGUGGGAAACGCCGCCACUCGGGGGUGCCGGCGGCUGAAGAGGGGGCCCGAGCUCGGACCCGGAGCGCCGAGCGGCCCACACGCUCAGUGAGGGCCGCCUGGAGGACGGGAGAAGCUGGAGCUGGAGCUGGAGCUGGAGGCGGGAGUUGUCGGGGCUCUGAGGCCCCCAUCCCCGGCCCGGCGCCCCAGGUGGAAAGUUUUGGAGGAAGAAGGCGGAGCCCUCUAGUACCUUGCUCAAUAUUACGAUUCUGGAUUAUAGAUCCAGAGCUGGAAGGAACUCCCGAAGCAGUCGUUUUACAGCUGGGAGUGGAUGCAAUAGCAGGAGCCCCUAUGUGUUCAUUCAAUAUGACUGCAGUGGAACUUGGCAGGAGGCUUAAGUACAUCCUUCAGUGGCAGCUGGCGACCCUCAUUUUGGCAGAAGAACUUUGCUGUAAUCCUGUCCAGAGUGACCAUGUGGCUAAUCCCGCUGCAGGUGAGAGCUGUCGCCGGGUGCCCGGCUUGCCAGUGAGCGACCCCGCGGAGCGCCUGGGCAUCGCGGCCGGUCUGACAGUCCGUGGGUCUGCGGAGGAGCUCCCAGCAGGGACAGGGCGCCUCUGGGGAGGAGAGCACCACCAGGCUGGUCCCUCCAGUAGCCCGCCACAUGCUGAUGAGAGCACUGGGCUACGUGGCCUCAGGCAAACAGGGUUCCGUCUACAAGAGAUGAGCUCUGUGCUCUGUCCAAAGCUGGGUAUAAAAGAGCGGACAGCAGGGAGCCUCCUUCAGUGCUCUGGGGUUGGCAUGAAUGGGAACAAAGCCCCUGAGGCACCCCGUUUGACCUCGUCGGGACUCCCAGUUGAGCCAACCGAGCCACUCUCACCUGCCGCCGCCCCUUCCUCCCAGGCAUCCCCCUUCAGCCUGCACUCACAGUCCCCCUUGCUGGCCAGCAUGCAGCUGCAGAAGCUCAAUAGCCAGUACCAGGGUGUGCCUGGCACAGAGCCCCCAGAGGAGGAAACCCCCACACCAACCUGGCCUGUGGGGGGUAGUCAGCCCGAGGAGUCAGAGACUGCCUCUGCCGAAGCCCACAACCCCAACCUCAUUGAUUCUGACCCCAUAGAUGAGGAGGUGCUCAUGGCCCUGGUGGUGGAGCUGGGCUUGGACCAAGCUGGUGAGCUUCCUGAGCUCUGGCUGGGCCAGGAUGAGUUUGACUUCACGACAGACUUGCCCUCCAGUUGAAGGGGCAGAGGGGGAGCCAUGCACACCCCGGGGG